ACAAGCCUUUAUUGCCUUAUGGGUGUAAUCACUGUUGAUAUGUAGAGGGGAAAGGUCACUGUUGCUUCCCUGUUUGGCCUCAGGUCCACCGCCUAAUGAAAGGGGAGGUACAAAAGUCUUCCUGUGUAAUACGUUCUAACAUACUGUCUCAGUUGUCUCUUUGCCAUCCUGCAUGGGUCUCUACAUCAGACUGUCCUUCAAUUGCUUUUCCGACCUUGAGUCGACAUUUCAAAUUUGUUAUAUAUAGCUGUCAGAUAUAUUUGCCGUGUGUGAAGAUGGCCAAGCGUGAGCAUGCACUUUCUGAUGUUGAAGAUUAUUUCCAGGAACCUGGGCCGACUGUCACUUUCACCAGGCUUCAUUACUGCGUUCAAGAGAAGAAGUUCUGCCGUAAGAUAGGUCCUGAAAAACAUAUUCUCAAAGAUGUAAGUGGCAUUAUGAGACCAGGGAUGAACGCUAUCAUGGGGGCAACUGGAAGUGGUAAAACAUCACUCCUGGAUGUAAUAGCAGGUAGAAAAGAUCCAGCUGGACUGCGCCAAGGAACCGUCCAAGUGAACGGUAAAACCGUAACCUCUGAACUCAGGCUCAGCUCUGCUUAUGUGGUGCAGGAUGACAUUGUGAUGGGAACUCUAAGUGUGAGAGAGAACCUUCGGUUCAGUGCCAACCUGCGUCUCAACCCGAAGCAUUACUCCUCUGCUGAUAAAGAGAAAAGAGUGAACUCCAUCAUACAAGAUCUGGGCCUUGUGGACUGCGCUGACACCAAGAUAGGAACUGAUUUUCUGCGUGGCGUAUCAGGCGGGGAGAGGAAAAGGUGCAGCAUUGGGAUGGAGCUCAUAACGUCUCCCUCGCUGUUGUUUCUGGAUGAGCCAACAACGGGUCUGGAUUCCAACACUGCAAACUGCAUCAUCGCUCUGCUGCACAAAUUGUCCAGAAGAGGGAAAACUGUGAUCUUCUCCAUCCACCAACCGCGCUACUCCAUCUUCAAACAGUUUGACCACCUGACCCUGAUGCACAAAGGAGAGAUUGUGUACGCAGGAGCAGCAGACUAUGCCCUGGAGUAUUUUACAGACCUCGGGUAUCAAAUUGAGCCUUUCAACAACCCUGCAGACUUCUUCAUGGACAUCACAAACGGAGAGGCAAAGUCCAUAAAACAAUCACAGGCUGCAGAGGAGGACAAAGAUGGGUUGGCGCUGAAGUUUCGUGAGUCCCGCCUGUACCAGAACGUGAUGCAGGAGCUGGACCACGUCUAUCAGGGCAUCGAUGAUGGGGGCAACAGGAAAGAAGAGGCAGCCGGCUACGUCACAUCCUUCUUUUAUCAGAUGCGUGUGGUGUGUCAAAGGACGGUGCUGAACCUUUUAAGGAAUCCACAGACCUCCUACGCCCAGCUGGCUCUCAAUAUAUUUUUUGCCAUUCUGGUGGGGCUCAUUUACUACCAGAUGCCUCUGACGCUGCCCGAGGGUUUGCAGAACAGAAGUGGAGCUUUCUUCUUUCUCAUCAUAAACAUGGUGUUUGGGAAUCUCUCUGCUGUUGAACUCUUUAUCAACGAAAGGGUAAUCUUCAUCCAUGAGAACUCCAGUGGCUACUACAGAACAUCUGUCUAUUUCCUGUCCAAGAUCUUCGCUGAUCUCCUCCCCAACCGCAUCAUCCCCAUCGUCGUAUUUUCAGCCAUCGCCUACUACAUGAUGGGGUUGAAGCCUGACUUUGUGGCCUUCCUCUGCUUCGCUCUGACUAUGUCUCUGGUCAGCCUGGCAGGAGUUGGCCUUGCAUUCCUGGUCUCUGCCAGCGUAUCUACAUUUGCAAUGGCUAACAUCCUGAUUGCCCUGCCCUUUGUCUUCAUGAUGGUCUUUGGUGGCUUUCUUGUCAAUCUCAACUCCAUGCUGAGCUGGUUGUCCUGGUUGAAAUGGAUCAGUAUAUUCAGUUAUGGACUAAAUGCUGUAUACAUCAACGAGAUGAAAGGCCAGGUUUUCUACAGCAACAACACCAUCUUCCCAGGGGAGGAAUUUCUGCGCAUCAUGGACAUCGACUACUCCCCGUGGGGCUUCUGGCAGAACGAGGUGGCUCUGCUGGGAAUCAUUGCUGUCUGCAUGACGCUGGCCUAUGUGCAGCUGCUGCGAAUCAACCGUUGGAAGUGACACCGACCCAUCUGUUAAUGCUUUGAUGAUUAACCGUUCAUGUUUUAUUGCAUUCUUUUAAUUUAUUUAAGAGAUGGAGGAAAAUGUCGUAAAGUUUAGUGCUUGCUUUUCUCCUUGUGCUGUUAAAAAACUUCCAGAAAAAAAUGGAGAUGUUUGUUUGACAGCACACGUGGAAUCUCACACCGAGUGACGCACUCGCACCAAACACACGUGCUGUAACAUUUGACUCUCUGGCUGAUAAGCUGCUACUUAGCACACUCAACACGGGCACGAGGGAGUGUCUGACAAGAGGCGAGCCAGCAUCUAAUUCCUCACAAAGCUACUUACAGUGAGUGAGCUAACAUUAGCUGCAAGGAAGAAAAUAUACACAUAAUCCACAAUUUUUAAUUUUUUUUUUGCAUGUGAAAACCGUGAGCGCUCCAAGCUCUUUAGAGAACGCUUUGGAGAAACAAGGUGCGCUGUUUGCAGAUUUUUUUGAAACACAUGACUGGCCUAAGGUGCAAAAUUUGGAAUUGCCUAGAGGUUCCUCCUGGCCCCAAAAACCUUGAAUUCACCGGAAAUAUUUACAAAGGCAGGAACUGUACAUGUGCUAAGAGAAACUAUGGAAAAUGUUUGACCGCUAUAUUUAAAGUCAGAAUAUAAAUCUAAUUAAAUAAUGUCUGCUGCCUUUUUUCUGGGUUGGAGUAACAUUUCAUGCUCAGUGUUUGUGUUGAAAUAGAUCAGCGACUAACAUACUAGAAAAAUUACUAAAGAAAUCUUUUCAGUGCCAGCCUCAGCCUCAUGGUGUGUACUUCCCAACAGCAUAAUGAACAUUUGUUGUCUAGUUUCUGUUUUGAUGUUUAAAGCCUGAUUUGAGUAUGGAACAUAUCUGUAUGAUAACUGAAAAA